CGUCAUUCUAUUCAGAGUUUGGAUUAUGUUGCUACAUCAACGAGGCCAGCAAUAUCAUUAGAAGACAAAAAAAACACAAAUCGCAUUACCAUCGCAGAAUUACGAGCAUUAGAUGCAUUCCAAAAUCGGGUACAAAAUAAAUAUACAAAUUGAAGAUAACACCGGAAAAACAGACGCUGUAAUGUUCGGUAAAACAGUGCAGUCACUUAUUAACAAAGUUUGCUCUACACUUACUUAUGAUGAGGGAUACACUGAUCGCUACAUGAUUCCUCCUAUUUUAGAAGAAAUAAGAGGAAUAUCAAAAAUAUUUGUCAUACAGUUUCAGACUCGGGGAGCUUUUAUUGAUAAAGUUAUUUUGAAGACUUUCAACGACGAGCAACCUCAGUUGUAUUUAUCACCUAUAACAACUGCGUCUUCAAAAGAAACAUCAUCAGUUUCAAAGCCAAUUCAGUCUGUUUCAGUCCCUCACGAAUCUACUUCUUUCGCAAGUUCAUCAAAAAAAAAGAAAACAAAUCAGCUCAGAAGAAACGACAAGCAAAAAGAAAAAGAAGUGAUUAUAUGAAUAAGUCUCUGUACAUAUAUAAAUAAGUAUGUAUAUUUUUAUGUACAAAUGUAAACAUCUAAA